AUGACGUCCGCUGUACUAUUUUUAUUAUCCCCUAUCAAGCUACGUACAUUUGACACCUUGUUCAGGUUACUAGAUCUAGAAUUUUUUACUAAGAAGAAAGCCCAGUUUUUGAAAUCUGGAACAUUAGACAAACUUGGAUUUGGUAUUCCACAAAAACCUCUGGUUGAGGCAUCUCUCAAAGUUGCAUAUCAUAUUGCUAAAAGCAAGAAACCGCAUACUAUUGGAGAGACGUUAAUUAAGCCAUGUGCGCUGGAGAUGGUUGAAUUAAUCAUCGAUGAAUUGAAAGUAUCGCCAUUUCCCUUUAGUAUGCAACUGGAUGAAACUACAGAUAUCUCGAAUUAUAGUCAACUUCUUGUUUUUGUUCGUUACGUGUCUCUUGAUACUAUCAAAGAAGAAUUCUUAUUUUGUGAGUCUCUUUUGCAAACUACAAAGGCAGUUGAUGUUUUAGCAAUGUUAAAUGUUUUCUUUACCAAACAAGACUUCGGCUGGAAAGAAAAACUUCAUUCACUUCGUACAGAUGGAGCACAUGUGAUGCUUGGCAAUAAAUCUGGUUUUGCCCUGUUUGUAAAAAAAAGUCUCCUAAUGUUCUUGUUACUCAUUGGUUUUUACAUAAACAUGCGCUGGCUACAAAAACUCUUCCAACCAGCUUAA